CUCAAUCUUGCUAGAAGAAGAAAAUGGCACCUAGAAGCAGCAGUCGGGGAAAGAGUAAGGGAGAGAAGAAGAAGAAAGACGAGAAAGUUCUUCCUGUGGCUGUGGACAUCACUGUGAAGCUUCCGGAUGAAUCUGUUAUUAUUUUGAAGGGAAUAUCAACGGAUAGGAUUAUCGAUGUUCGUCGGCUUUUAUCUGUGAAUACAGUUACUUGCAACAUUACCAACUUUUCGUUAUCUCAUGAGGUCCGAGGGUCUCGAUUGAAAGAUACGGUCGAUGUGGCUGCGUUAAAGCCGUGCGUUCUAACCUUGGUCGAAGAGGAUUACGAUGAGGAUGGUGCGGUGGCGCACAUCCGAAGGCUGCUGGACAUCGUUGCCUGUACGACAUGCUUCGGGCCGUCGGGGAGCAAAGAGACAGCAGCAGUCCCAGUUCCCGCAGGCAAGGACUGCAGGUGCGAGGCCGGGAAGAGUGCAGUGGUUGGUGGUGGCCAUGAUAAUAAGAGCCCUAAGCAGCAACCCACCAAAUCCCAUACAAAACACUCCUCUACGUCUCCGUCUCCGUCUCCGACUCUUACUUCUUCUUCUUCUUCGCCGAAAGAUGUCUCCAUUGAGGGCGAGGGAGAGAUCAGCGGUGCCUGCCCUAAGCUUGGUAGCUUCUACGAGUUCUUCUCGCUUUCCCAUCUCACGCCUCCGAUUCAAUUUAUAAGGAGGGUGACAAGACAGCAGAUCGAUGAAAUUUCACCAGACAACUAUCUUUUCUCAGUUGAAGUGAAGCUCUCCAAUGGGAAGCUGGUUCUUGUUGAGGUUUGCAGCAAAGGAUUCUAUAGUGUAGGAAAACAGCGGCUUUUGAGCCACGACCUUGUUGAUUUGUUACGGCAACUUAGUAGGGCCUUCGAUAAUGCUUAUGAUGAUCUCAUGAAAGCAUUUUUGGAACGCAACAAGUUCGGAAAUCUCCCUUAUGGGUUCCGUGCCAACACAUGGCUUGUUCCUCCAGUUGCAGCACAUGUGCCAUCAAUUUUUCCUCCCCUCCCAGUGGAGGAUGAGACCUGGGGAGGAAAUGGAGGUGGUUUAGGAAGAGAUGGAAAAAAUGAUUUGAUUAGUUGGGCUCGUGAACUUUCAUGUCUUGCAUCUAUGCCUUGCAAAACAGCAGAGGAGAGGCAGGUCCGGGAUAGGAAAGCCUUCCUCCUUCACGGCUUCUUUGUAGACGUAGCAAUUUUAAAAGCAAUUUCAGCCAUACAGAGUGUAAUGGAAAAAGUGGAUCCAACCAUUGCAGUUGGAAAAGAAAAUACUUGUUACUGUGAAAGAGUGGGGGACCUGAGCAUCACUGUGAAGAAAGAUGCUCGUGAUGCUAGUGUUAAGGUAGAUACUAAGAUUGAUGGAAAUCAAACAAUAGCAGUUGACCCCAGGCAUCUGAUUGAGAGAAACCUAUUGAAAGGGAUUACUGCAGAUGAAAAUACCGCAGCCCAUGAUGUUGCCACUCUUGGCAUUGUCAAUGUUAGAUACUGCGGUUAUAUUGCAGUUGUGAAAGUUGACAAGAGUGAGGGUAGCGAUGUGGGUCCAUUUCAGAGCAUUGAAAUCAUCGAUCAACUGGAAGGUGGUGCCAAUGCCCUCAAUAUGAACAGUUUGAGGUUGCUUCUUCAUAAAAGUCCUUCAGAACAUAAUAGAACAUCACGUUCACAAAAUUUGGAAUGUGAAGACCUCAUUUCUGCCCAAUCUUUUGUGAAGCGAGUGUUGGAAGAGAGUCUUGCUAAACUUCAGGAAGAGGAAGUAGAACGAGACAUUUUCGUGAGAUGGGAACUUGGAGCUUGCUGGAUACAACAUUUGCAAGAUCAAAAUAAUGCUGAAAAGGAUAAGAAACCAUCCAGUGAGAAGGCUAAAAGUGAAGCAAAGGUCAAGGGAUUGGGGAAGCCCCUUAAGCUCCUUAAGAACCACAAGAAUAAAUCAGAUGAGAGAAAACAAAAAGUGCAAUCUGAGGAUGGGAAAUCUCCAGCAGAGGGUUCUUCUACUGAAGCUGAAGAUGCUCAGUUGGCCUCUGCAGAAUCUAAUGUUGAAAGCAAAGCCAAUGAGAAUGAGCUUGUGUUGAAAGGGAUGCUCUCUGGUUCGGCUUUUACACGGUUAAAAGAAUCAGCAACAGGACUUCAUCGCAAGUCUUUGCAGGAACUAAUUGAGAUGUCUCAGAAAUAUUAUGAUGAAGUGGCUCUUCCAAAGCUGGUCGCAGACUUUGGCUCACUGGAACUUUCACCAGUCGAUGGGCGGACUUUGACUGAUUUUAUGCAUACUAGAGGUCUUCGGAUGUGCUCACUGGGGAAUGUUGUUAAGCUUUCAGAAAAUCUAUCACAUGUGCAGUCACUCUGUAUUCAUGAGAUGAUAGUAAGAGCAUUUAAGCACUUUCUCCAGGCUGUGAUUGCUGCUGUCACCAAUCUUGAGGACAUGGCUGUGUCAAUAGCUGCCACACUGAACCUGAUGCUUGGGGUCCCUGAAAAUGGUGAAUCCUGUCACUCUUGUAAUCUGCACGCCCUUGUGUGGAGGUGGCUGGAGGUUUUCCUGAUGAAGAGAUACAAAUGGGAUAUAAGCAACUUAAACUACAAGGAUGUCCGGAAAUUCGCUAUCCUACGAGGUUUAUGCCAUAAGGUGGGUAUUGAAUUGGCUCCCAGGGAUUUUGUUAUGGAUUCUGCAAACCCUUUCAGAAAAGUGGACAUUAUUAGCUUGGUACCAGUGCAUAAGCAAGUUGCUUGCUCAUCCGCAGAUGGGCGACAACUUCUGGAGUCGUCAAAAACUGCAUUAGAUAAGGGAAAGCUGGAAGAUGCUGUCAGCUAUGGAACUAAGGUAUUCCUUAUCUCAAAACAUUUCUUAGUGAUCAUUGAAAAAUGGUGUUUCAGCCAAAGUAACCAUAUAAUAUUAGCAAGAAAUACAUUGGGUAUUGCUGCUGAUCGAGUUGGUGAGGAAGCUGCUGCUGCUGCUGCGCCGAAGGGUACAUGA